AUGGCUCCUAAGAAAAUGCAUAGUGAAAGUGCUAUGUGUCAUGUUAUAGUGCUGGAAGAUAAACUGGCUAUGAUAAAAUGCCAUGAGGAAGGUGAAAAAAUGGUAGCAAUUGCACAAUCAUUGGUGGUUUACAGUCAGACAACUGUAUCGAUGAUUGUACAUAAUGACAAGAUUUUAGCACAUAUCAAAUCUGAAACCCCAGGGAUGAAGAAAACUGUAAUCAAUAAGAGAAGGGGCAAAAUCUUUGAAGAAAUGGAAAGUUUUCUUUCUCUUUGGAUUGUUAGGUUGAAUCAUCAGUGCGCUGCUAUUAGUCAAGAAAUCAUUCAAGAGAAAGUGUCUUUGUUUGAGGACCUGAAGAAAAAAUACCCAGAUGAGAAAGAUGUAGAGUUCAAGAUUUUUAAAGUUGAUGAAACUGGAUUGUAUUGGAAAAAAUUGCUUGGCCGUUUGUUCAUUUCCAAGGAGGAGAAAACUAUUCCAGGCUACAAGGUCUCAAAAGAAAAUGUGAUCAUUACAUUGGAAGGUAAUUGUGCGAGAGAUUUUAAGCUAAAGCUAUUGCUUGUGUAUCAUGCACAUAACCCCCGUGCCCUGAAGAACAUGCCCAAGGCAUCUCACCCUGUUAUAUGGAUGGCUAAUUCAAAAGCAUGGGAUACUGUUAUUGUUUCUGAAGAUUGGUUCUUCAAUCAUUUUAUUCCAGCACCAGAAAAGUACUGUCAGGAGAAGGGGAUUCCUUUUAAGGUUUUACUUAUCUUAGAUAAUGUUCCUGGCCACCUGUAA